UUUAAUUUAUGAUAUGCUCAAAGUGUAUUUUGUUAAACGUCUGAUAAGAAAAUAAGAUAGGCACAACCAAGAUAGUAAAGCCAGUAUUAGAGAAACUAUGUUUCAUCCAAUAUAGCGUCAUUCUCGUCGCUGUAAACAGUGUUGAAAAAGUGCUUCCUUAACAACCAAUGCGUUCUUAGCAACGGCUGCAGAAAAUGGCUAAAAUCAUCGGUGCGAAGAAAUCAUUGUGGCAGCAAGUGUGUGAUGAAUACGAAACGGAGCAACUCAGACCACCCAACGCUGCAUCAUCAUGGACCGACACUAGUUCCGUGAGCACUCAUGUCUCCCAAUACAGCGCUAGCAAGCACAACCCAGUCUUCUACGGGCUCAUGGCAGCUAAGGUUGCUGUGGAUGAUGAGCCGCUUCAAAAUGUCGACCCCCUUCUGUGCCACCCAGCACUUGCUGGAUACUCUGUCCUGGACAAACGUCCGUCACCCUCUCAGUCUGCCCCUUCCACUUCCCAACUUCCUCAAAACCCUGUAACCAGUUUUUUGGAGAAGGCUGUGAUGCCUGUGCUUCUGCCUGGACUGGAGGCCAUGCUGAGAGAGGCCCAGAGACAACACUGUCUGGAGAGGAAGAGAACAGCCUUUAAUGCCUGUGACUUCUUGACUCAAUGGCUGUACAACCAUAACCCCGGUAGGCAGGGGCAGAAGCCUGUGGACUUCCAUGAUAUCCCCUUUGUCAAGGACUGGCUCAGCGUACACCCCCGGCCUCCCAUCCCUCUGUCCCUGCUGUUGUCCGACCAAGAGGCUGCUCUGCUCAUUCAGUCUUUCUGGCGAGGAUACAAGGUCCGAGUCCGUGAAGAUGUGCAAGAGUUGCGUAAGUGGCAGUGGGAGCUGAGGGAGGAGAACCGUGACAUCUCAAAGAAGGUCCAAGAGUUCUGGACACGCCAGGAAAACCGAGUGAACUCGGCCUUCGCCAACCUCUCCCAGUCCCCCCAACCUGGCACCUCGGGGGUGUCCAUCGAGGUGGUUUCGCCGUCCCCCCAGCCCACCCCGGGCCUCACCCCCACCCUGCAGUGGAGCCCUGAGAGCUCGGAGUCUCUGACCCCCAGCCUGCAGAGCUCAGACCUGGCGCCGUCCCUCAAGACCAGCUCCCUGGUGCUGCUCCAGCACCCAGGCCCAGCGCUGGCUGCUACGUCGCCCUCACUGCUGGGGGGCACCCCCCUGCCUCCACCCACAUAGGAGUUAUGCACUGUGGAGGGCAUGCUGGCGUUGUUAGAGCGACUCAUACGAAGGUGCGCGCACACACAAAAACCCUAGUGCACGUGCACACACGUGCUCAUUCAAUGUUACCGUCUUUGCCUCCUGGAUCAUUUUUUAUUAUGACAUCAUUGUUACACACACAAUACAUUGAUUUGACCUCUUGGCGCUUCCCUUCUUCAAGAGUAAAAAAAAACACAACAACAAAAACAUUUCCGUUAUCUGUCAUUUCCCCUUCCAUGAACAGGGCAAUUGUUCUUCUGCCCAUGAAAACCAUUUGAACAUUUCCACUGAAAACAGGAAUAAUUUCCAGAGAAUAGCAACAACUCCAGAGUGAGGGGAAUGCAGAGGCUAGCUCUUUCUACCCAGGCUUGUGUCCAUACAACCAGGAAACAGAAUGACCCUGUUCAUGGGUUUUGAGGAGUGAAAGAUCAUAUGACAGCGUGUGUUUGAUGUAUAGCAGUAAUAAAAUAC